AUGAUUACACCUACCCAGACUCUAAAGUCUGUUGUGGAUCAGAAAGCUGUUGUCCAUGCCUAUCGCCACUUGUAUCGCCAGGGCUUGAAGGCCAUCAAUUAUUCUACCCCAGCACGGCAUGUUCUUCGGCAUAGUCUGCGAUCCGCCUUUCGUUCAUCUUCACCGGAAGAACUGAACCCGCGGCGCAUAGCCAAUACAUUACAGUUUCUCCAACGAGCUGCCGACAUUGCAGGUCUUGAGCAUAAGAUUGUGAAAAAUCUGAUGAUGAUGAAGUAUUGGGAGCAGCCCCAAGUGAGAAAAGACCACCGCACGGGUCGAUCAAAGGGAUCCUAUAUUGAUGCAGGAUACAAUGCGGCAAUUUAA